AUGGUCGACAAUACUUUAACGGAGAAGGUACUGUUGGCUACUGGAGGUUAUGAUCAUACAAUUAAAUUAUGGCAUGCAAAUACUGGAGUUUGCAAUAGAAGUUUGACACAUUUAGAAUCUGUAUCCUUUAAAGUUAUUAUAUUACAAGUCUGAUGUAUAUAAUAAAAAAAAAAUAAAAAAAUAUAUAACUUGUUUUAAAAUCAAAAUAAACAACACGUUAUAUGGAUAAUCGCGUGCACAAUUUUAACGAUAAAUAUUUAAAUUGAUCACUGUAUUACAGGUAUGUUAAAAAAUAGUUUAAAUGUACAUUAUUUUAUUAAAUUAAAUUGAUAAAAAGCGGUUUUUUAAAUUUAUGUAAUACAUUUAUUAUGCUGAAUUAGUUUUUACAUAAGAGUAUCCCUUAACAUAAUCAUUUAGCAAGUAAACGCAUUAGAAAUAACACCCGACAGACAACUUUUAGCUGCUGCAGGUGAUAUAAUGUUUAUUUUUUUCCCUUCUAGUAUUAUUUAAUUAUAUUGCUGUUCAUAUAUUCACAGGAUUCCAACACAUUCGUAUGUAUGAUUUAAAUUCAAGUAAUCCAAAUCCGAUUUUAAACUAUGAAGGUAUUUCAAAAAAUAUUACUGGUGUUGGAUUCCAUGAAGAUGGUAAAUGGAUGUUUACAUGUGGCGAAGACUGCAGUGCACGUGUAUGGGAUUUGAGGUAUAAAUCAAAAUUAUAUUAUAUACAAUUAUCGAAAAUAAGUCACUUACAAUGAUUGAAUAGGUCUAGAAACUUACAAUGUCAGCGUAUAUUUCAAACAAAUGCGCCUAUUAAUAGUAUAUGUCUUCAUCCAAAUCAAGGUGAAUUGAUAUUAGGUGAUCAGUCUGGUUUACUUCAUAUAUGGGAUUUGAAAACUGAUCAUAAUGAACAACUUGUGAGUUCAGUGUAUUACUUAAGUUCUAUAAAUUGAAUGGUUGCUGUUAAAUGUAUUGCAUAUAAUUUUGUACCUUCUUUUAAAUUUAGAUACCUGAAGUUGAUGCAUCUAUAUUACAUGUAGCUAUUGAUUCAAGUGCAAACUAUGUUGCUUCAGUAAAUAAUAGAGGAAACUGUUAUUUAUGGAAAUUUAAUGGCAAUGGUACUAGACUUAGCCCAGAACACAAAAUGACUGCUCACAAGAAAUAUGCCCUUCACUGUAAAUUUAGUCCUAAUUCAACGUAAGAAUAAAUUAGAUUUUUUUUAUUAAGUUCAUCAAAUUAUAACCAAAAUUUGGGCAUAAAUGCAAUUUAGCUCCCAAGCGAUUUUUCAGAAUUUUUUUUAAAUUUGUGUUUUUGCAUACUUAAUUUGAUGGUAUUUUCAAAAAAAGUCACUCAAACUUUAUUUGGAAGUUAUGGUCAAAAAAAUUGUGUUUUUGAGUUUUCUCAUCGAGAUGAUUGCUCAAAUUGAGCAAUUUUAAAUUUUUAGACCAUAAUUCCCAAAUGAAAUUUGAGCAAAUUUUUUUCAAAGUACCAUCAAAUUAAAAAUGUAAAAACGCACAUUUUGAAAAAAAAAUUCAAAAUAUUACUUGGGAGGUAAACUACAUUCAUUCCAAAAUUUGUUUAUAGAUUAUUAGCAACAUCUUCAGCUGAUCAAACAGCUUGUAUUUGGAAAACCAGUGAUUUUUCAUUGAAACAAGAAUUAAAAGAUGAACAUCAAAGAUGGGUGUGGGAUACUGCUUUCAGUAAUGACUCUGAACAUUUAUUAACUGGUAAUUUAUUAUGAAAACAUUAAUAUGAAAUAUUUUACAAUUAUUUAAGAAAAAGAUAAAAACUAUUUAUGUUGAUUUAACAACUAUAAACUAAUUAUUGAAGUUAAUUUUAUUUAAAUUAAUUAUUAGGUUUUUAAAAUUAUUAUUGAUUCAUAUCAUCUCAUAAUUUUAUUAAUUAUAAAUUGUCUUUAAGGGAUACUCAUGCGAUUAUCAGGUGUGUUAUAUAAAGGUGUCCAUUGUAGUAAGAUUAUAAUAUAUUUUUAAUUAAAUUUAUUUGGCUACUUGCAUUACCCUGAUGCCAAAUUAUUCAGAGUUUAUGAAAGGACAAGCUACUAGUGCCUUUGAAUCAAACAAUUUUUACUUUUUGCUUUAAAUCAAAUGAUUUCCGCAGAACAAGAGGUGUCAUUGCAAAGAUUAAACAACCGACUCAGAAUAAGCAAUGCAGAAUGAUAGUUCUGAUUAAAAUAGGAUAAUAAGAUAUAAUAUUUAAUUUAAAUUGAUCACAAAAUAAACAUUAUCAUUUUCAGCUUAAUUGCUUUUAAAAAAAGCAAUUGAUCAUAUAAUUUGUUUGUUUUCUUUGUAUUACUGUACAAUUAUUGUUUGUUAUUAUGCCAACAGGAUGAAAUAUUACUGUCCAUGUUCAUUAUAGACAAGUUGAAAUACACAUUUGGAAUAUGAUAUGUUUUUUCCAGAGUAAAACAUAACAUUUGGAUGAAUAUUCGAAAAAUUUUCUUUCUAAUUUCAUAGACAGGGCUUACUGUACUUAAUCUACAAUUUCAUUACAAUUCAUGAUUUAUGACAUGGUAUUCUAAAUGUAAUUUAUGAUAAACAAAGACUAACACCCUAUACAUGAAGUUAAAUAGUAGCUUAAAAAAUCAUGCAAGUACCUAUAUUUUAAAUUUGUUUAAACAUACAAAUUUGGAAAAUUAAUUUGACUGAAGAUUCAUUUGAAUUUCUGAUUGGAGCAAGGUACCUUAUAAUCUGAAAAAAUAUAAAUAAUUAUAUCUGAAAAUAAUUUAUUUGCACUAUAAAAUAAUGUAGGUCUUAACAUAAUAUUUAAAUUUGACAGUUAGUGAUGAACUAUAUCAUGUUUUGCAAAUUAAUAUUUUUUAGUUGUAAAUAUAUUUCAUAACAUGUUUUAGCUUCAUCCGACGGUGUAGCAAGAUUAUGGAACAUUGAAACUGGUAAUAUAGAAAGAGAAUAUGAAGGACACCAAAAAGCAAUCACAGCGUUGGCAUUCUGUGAUCCAUAA